AUGGAGUCACUCGCUGGCAAGACGGCGAUAGUCACCGGCGGAUCUCGAGGUAUCGGAGCUACAAUCGCCACUCAUUUUGCCCAGGAGGGAGUCUCAAAAAUUGCCAUUACAUAUGCUGGAAAUAUUCAAGCGGCAGAAGAAACGCUCACAAAACUUCGCAGCCUCGGAGUGGCCAAGGCGAUAGCUCUCCAAGCUAAUCUCCUCGAUCCUACGUUUGGGCCAGACUUGAUCCCCAAAGUCCUUCAAGGUCUUGAGACACAAAAGAUUGAUAUUAUUGUCAACAAUGCAGGUAUUAAUGCUGGAGAGUACCUGCAACCCACCUCGCGAACGACAGCGGACAUAUUUGGGAAGAUGUUGCAGGCAAAUGCGUAUGCUCCGUUGAGUCUCAUUAACGCUGCACUUCCCCAUCUCCCGGAAAAGGGCGGUCGCAUUAUCAACAUAUCCAGUGUGUCCUCUAAACUAGCAAAUGGAGACAUGUACCUGACAUACGGUGCAUCAAAGGCAGCCUUGGAUAGUAUCACGCGGUCACUGGCUGCAAACUUGGGGGUUCAGACGGGGGCAACAUUCAACUCGGUCAGUGUGGGGACCACCAGGACGGACGUCAUUCAAACAAUGCUGGAUCAGUAUGGAGAUAAGCUGCGCGAACAACUGUCGUCUGCUUUCACUGCGGAGAAACGAAUAGGCGAGGCAGAGGAUGUCGCCUUCGUGGUUGGAUUUUUGGCCAGUGACAAAAGUAGAUGGAUUAAUGGAGCUAGCAUACCCGCAAACGGAGGACAAAAAGAUCUUCUAGCACUACAAGGUUAG